AUGUCUUUUGCUGUAGCGGCAGCAUCAAGCUCUCAGAUGUUUACUCCAUCCUCGAAUAGAUUAUCGCCGAUUUUCUGCAAGCCCGCCACCUCACCUCCUCCGCUGUCUCUUUCGCCGUUGCCUUUAGCUAUCAAAAAACCAUUGAACAAUAAAGAUGAAGAUGUAGGAGAAGAUGGGUUAUCGAAGGUGAUGGUUUUGAAGCGGAAACGGCCGGCGAGGAUUGAUAUUCCGGUGUUGAAUAUGAGUUUGGAUAAUAUUAAGACGAACGAGGAUAAGGAUGUUGAUAUAUUGAGUGAGAUGGAGGUGGAAGAGGAAGGGUAUUCGGUUUACUGUAAGAGAGGGAAAAGAGGUGGAGUUACGGAGGAUCGAUAUUCUGUUAUUCUGGAUCUUCAAAGGGAUUCUAAACAGGCUUUCUUUGGUGUAUAUGAUGGACAUGGGGGAGCAGGAGCUGCAGAAUUUGUGGCUAAGAAUUUAGACAGGAACAUUAUGAACAAAGUGGCAACGAGAACCCAAGAAGGAGGGAUUGAAGAGGCGGUGAAAGAGGGGUACCUCUCCACGGAUGUAGAGUUUUUGAAGGAAAAUAUCCGAGGUGGGACAUGCUGCGUGACAGCAUUGGUACAUGAAGGCAAUCUCGUUGUCUCCAAUGCAGGAGAUUGUCGUGCUGUUAUGAGCCGACAAGGGGUUGCAAAGGCCCUCACCGUUGAUCACAGACCUUCGCAAAAAGAUGAAAGAAAUAGGAUAGAGAAUCUGGGCGGUUAUGUUGAUUGUUGCCAUGGUGUUUGGAGAGUACAUGGAUCUCUUGCCGUUUCAAGAGCAAUUGGAGAUGGCCAUCUUAAAGAAUGGGUAAUAGCUGAGCCGACCACUGAAGUACUCAGGAUUACAGAAGAGUGCGAGUUUUUGAUCCUCGCCUCAGACGGACUUUGGGAUAAGGUUAGCAAUCAGGAAGCAGUAGAUGUAGUUCAUCCUUUAUGCUUGGGCAUUGACAAGCCAGAACCAUUUUCUGCUUGCAAAAAGCUCGUGGAUUUGUCACAGUCGAGAGGAUCUUCUGAUGAUAUUAGCGUUAUGGUGAUCCUUCUAAGUCGCUUCAUUCAGUGA